AUGAACGUCGUGCAUGACUUUUACUACAAGCGCCGAACGUCCUUUACAGUGCACAACGCGACGGUCUGCGGCGUGCCGUUGACGCAGCCGUCGUCGUCGUACUGGGCCGCCCACGUGGACUUUGAGGUGCCCUGCCUCGUCUUGCCCAAAGAGUUUUACACCUCGCUUGUGACGUGGGCACCGCUCGAGUACAACGCGUCGGCCAACCUCACGCAGCUGCGCCACAACGUGUCCCUGCACGAGCUGCCGUCGCUCUCGUUUCAGGCCGGGUACGGUUUUCCGACGCUCACGCUGCCGCUCGCAGCGUUGGCGCUCAACGUCUCGACGGGCUCCACCCCCCAGUUGUGCCUACAAAAGUCGACGAGCAUUAUCAACCGCAUUCUCGAGCACCAGAUUGUCCUCGAAGAAGACGACAUUUUUACCAAAGAGAUUGGUGGCAUUGCGUUCGUGCCCGACAUGUACCAAUCGCCCAUCAUCUUUGGCGCCAUGGUGCUCCAGCACCUGCCGACGCUGCUGAGCGACACACACAAGCAAGUGGGCUUUGUCCAGAUGCCGGUGGUGUCGCCGCCGAAGCCUCCGGUCUGCACCGUGCCUGUCGCCUGCAGAGGCCAGCAGACGUACGACCAACCCACCAACACAUGCAAAGACCCCAACUGCGACCUUGUCUACUACCACGAGCUCGACGACGCCACGAAGACGUGUGUUCCGGUCGCGCAAUGGCAGUGGGUCGCGACGUGUCUCAUCGCGGGCUUCAUCGCGUUGGAAGUCUACCUCGACCGCAGCCGUCGGCGUCUCGCCGAGACGACAUUGGCCGACGCCGAGGGUUCAUCGUGA